UUACACGAAAUUGGUCUUUUAGAUGAAAUUAAAAUCUAAUCUAAGAACGAGUUGGCGGCUUCACAACAAGGCAAGCCACAAGGUCUUUAAAUAAACAUCAUCAAUAGAUACGUGUCAGCAAUUGGCAAGAGGAAAUCGUAAUCGCAGCAAUAGAAUGGAUAUGGCGUCGGAGUGACGUCUUUCUUGCGCAAGAGCCGUACAACAAUGCAGGUUAUUUGUCUUCCCUUAAAGAAUAAAAAUGAUCGAUGAUGGAAUGGAAGACGAUAACGUCGCCCUCGUCCUGUUGGAAAAACGUAUUCGUAACAGACCCCAGCAACAUGACGCAACCACGGUGUUGGAGACCUGAUGUAGCCGGGAGGGAGGGCUACCAUCGAGUCAGCCAGCGGGCGCACUCGAGAAGUGGAUGGCAGGCAGCGUGGCAGUGUUCUUUUCUCAGCGUCUGGAGAUCCGUAGCGACGCUUUUGUGGUGGACGGGCUAGCAUGUCCGUUCCGUCGAUGGUGCAUCGAUCAGGAGAUUCUUUUGUUGUGCGCAGCGUCGUAAGUGGUGACGCGCUGUUUGGUACAGGCGACGCAGUAGAGGACGUCGAGGCUAGUGACGAAUUAUUAGAAUACUGUGACGAUAAGGAUUUGCCGGAGUGUAAAAUUAGAAGAAACUAUUCGUGCGGUAGUUGCGAUUAUUUCACGCAAAAUCCGAGACAGUAUUUGUACCAUUUGCGGGACGAUCACAAUGAGAAGGUAAGAAUCUACGAGUGUCCGAAUUGUAUAUACGCGUCGAAGCACUUUCAAAAGCUUCUGCGUCACUCGAAGAUGGUGCACGGGAGUACGGAGGGCGUAGAGGUCCCAGAAUUCGCGCGGUUUAAAAACAAAAAACGUAAGUCUCCCGAUGAUGGCGACGAGAUGACGGAGGAAUCUUUGGAAGACGGCGAAGAGGAAGACGGUGAGAAGGUGGCAAGUUUUAAGUGCUCUCUGUGCGCGUUUGUCGCUCGCAAUCAACCUCAAUUGAAUAAGCACGAACGUGAAGAACACAUCAAAACCACCUUUUUUCGAUGCAUUAAAUGUACGUACGUGACGCACCUUAAGGCGCGCUUUACGAAGCACGUCAAGUACCAUUCUAUGCCGAUGAUCAAGUGCGAUAUGUGCGACUUCCGUACACCUUACAAGUGGAAUCUGGAUCGUCAUUGCAAGAAUCACAACGGACGUGGUGCUUUUCGGUGUUCGGCCUGCAACUUUACCGCCGAUAUCAAACAGAGUUUGACCGUGCACGAGAUGAAUCAUCACGUUCCACCAGUGGGACAGGCGGCGGGUCUUGGUGUGGGACGACGUCGCAAUAAGGUGGGGGCCAGCGACUCCGUCGAAGCCGAGGAGGUAAACCAGCAGUCGCCGUCCGAUCCAGAUCCGUGCGUAGCCGCUGCCGUGGACAGUAAUAAAAAACUAACAGACCAGAAGUUAAAAAUAUCCGCCAAGAAGACGAAAUUUGCCAAUAAUCAAAAUCGCGACUACGGCUCCGACUUUAUACAUCCUGACGACAUUAUUCAUCACGCAAAUGGUAACAUUUACAUUAAAACAAAAUGCAAAUUGUGUAAUUACAAAACGGCGUGGGAUGGGGAAAUGGCCAAACACGAGCAGAAAGUCCACAACAUCGUAAGACCAGGAGCUGCCAAAAAGGCUGUUAAGAAACCGGCGCGACCCAUACCGAAUUUGAUACCGAUACCGACUCAAACUUCGGUUAUUAAAUUGAAAUCUGAAAAACCACCACCCGAACCGGUAAUGAGCCAGAAGGACAUCAACGAUAUUUGUGCAAAGUCCGCUAACAGUGCGCUACGCGAUUUCGCAUCGUUAUUCGGUAGUGAAGACGUGUUCAAAACGAACGUGAAAAGGGAUCCCGAAAUGCCAGAGCUUUUACCGGCGGUACCCCUCUAUACGUACACACCAAAGGACAAGGAAGUGAGCAUCUUCAAGGAGAAAAAUGCCUCAUUCUUCGAUAAACUUAAGGAAAAACUUCUUAAUGGCGCGGGCGAAGCCUACAAUCUAACCUGUCAGUAUUGCGGACACGAAAGUAAGUGCCUAUCCGAGUCGUCGUCUCAUCAAAAAAGUUGCGGCAAAGAGCAAAGCCACGCGCAGUCACUAACGCGAGUACACAACAUAAGCUCCAGUCGAUGUCAACACUGUCGCCAGCGAUGUAAGUCCAGCACUGACCUCUACCAUCACCUUAAAACAUGCCCGGAAGCAUUGAAAGUUUUGAACCACAUGGAAAUCGACGAACCACAGCCGAAAAUUGAAAUUGUACCCGAACGUAGUUCUCCAUCGAUCACCGAACAACCUCAUCCGAUGGAAAAUAAAGUUUUCGUUUGGAACAACAUUGUGGCCCCACUAGAGAUCGAUGAGGAAGACCACCAAUAUGACUACCUGGAUGACAAACAGGAAGACAACGUAUCGCUCGACCUCUCGGUCCGUACCCAAUCUCCUGGAAGCGAAAAUAGUUAUCUGGGCGCCGAACAACCCCAACCAAGUGUAGCGGUCAAUAACGACAAGGUACCGACGCACGGUAACGACAUCAGUGUCGCGCAGGUGGCACAACACAAACGUGUCUUCAAAUGCCCCCAUUGCUCUUUCUGGGCGUCCACCGCGUCCCGAUUCCACGUCCACAUUGUGGGGCACUUAAACAAAAAGCCGUUCGAGUGCUCCCUGUGCGCGUACAGAUCGAAUUGGCGCUGGGAUAUCACGAAGCAUAUCAAACUAAAAUCGGUGAGAGACCCCGCGCAUGAAAAAGCAAAAGUCUUGAUGACCGACGAAACGGGCCGUCGUAAUUACACCAAGUACAACAAAUACCUAACCGAAAUUCCGAUAAUGGGCGACCAAAAUGAAACGAGCGGUGGCGCUGGCACGCGACCAAAGGUACACGACACCCUCGACAACUCGCUAAGCCAGCGGCCCAUCCUACCCAAACCCGAGUUACCGAAGCUGUCGAGGGCGCCUACCAGCGGCGAUUUCAGUCCACUUCUGCGUUCUCCCUUAAGACCGCCGCCGCCGCUUAAGGCCGCCGAUGAGUCUUUCUUUGCGAAAAUGUCAGAGAAGCGACGCAACACGCCUGAAAAUAAGAAAACAAUUUGGAAAUGCAAAAUGUGCAACUUUAGGGAUGCAUCCCACGAAAAACUAUUAACUCACGUAAAGGGACAUUACCAACAUGACAAUCAGAUGAGUCAAACAAACGGCAGCGGUUUGGGAAUGCAAGCAGUUGAUGAUGAGGCAAGUGAUAGUAGAAAUCGGUCACAUGCGCCUUUCCGGUGUGGUCACUGUCAUCAGGUAUCGAACUGGAAGCAUGUCAUUCAGCGUCAUUGCCGCUUGAAGCAUAGUGGUGACAUACGUGUUGUAAUCGGCAGUAAGAAUGGACCGGAACGUGUCGAAAUGGAGGAGCAAUUAGAUGAACCGGAUCAUGUGGAUCUUCCUCAAGUGGGCACUUUCAAAUGUAAACAGUGCCCAUUUUCAAACAAUGACAAUGACGAGUUCGAAAUCCACCUAAAUAGUCAUAUACCAAAAGCUAACAGCAUCAUGAAGUGUUACUUUUGCCCUUUCUUCGUAACACAAAAGGAAGAACUACUCGGUCACCUACAUCUCCACGGAAUAACUGAUCCGGAAGAUUACAUGUUAAAAAUGUUGGAGAAGAGUUAUCCCGACUCUGAACAAAGUAAACGAUACAAAUGUAUGACGUGUCCGUACGUGACAAACAGUAAAUCUCAAUUUCUAUACCACAAACAAUUCCACAAACCGAGAGGUGGUCAAUACACUUGCACUCACUGCAGCUAUAAUGUAAGCAAGCGCCAUCUACUACAUCAACAUCUAAAAGUGCAUGGAAUUAAUGUGACAUCUCAAAAGCAGAACGGCGACGUGAUCGAUUUAGACGAAUUUCCAGAUGAAACUGAAGAGACCCCGGCAUUGAAUACAAAUUUCGACUCUCAAAAUUUCGCAGACAUUCCUCUGGUAUGGGUAUCGAAGGGCGAUAAGUUUUCUAAAAUGUUCAAGUGUCGAUAUUGUCCUCAUGUAAAUUUGCGCAAAGUUAAUAUUCAAGAGCAUGAAAAAAUGCACGGGGUAAGAGAAAAGGCGUCUACAAAAGGUAACGAAAUCGAACAUCACUGUUCCGAAUGUAACUACGUGUGCAAUAAUGCGGGAGUUCUCUCUUCACAUUCCAAAGUUCAUCAGGGUCUAUACGGCGAAAUACACUGUCUUGUCGAUCAUACCAAGUCGGAUGAUGAACAAAUACGAGAGCUCAGUCGAUUCAUAAAUUACAAUGCAAGCACCCAUCAAGACAUCGAAACCAUUAAUGUCGACGAAGACGUUUGCGAAGAAACGAGCAUAGGAAAUGAGAUGGUAAAAGGGGAGGUUACACUUUAUUUUUGUGAGCACUGUCCAGCACGUUUUUUCAAAGAAAACGAAUAUACAAUACACUUUAGGUUUCACAUGGUACGUCUUUACUACAAGUGCGAAUAUUGCACAUACACUGCGAGACAAAAACACUUCUUAUUAGCGCAUAACAAAGUGCAUUCCUACGAGUAUCAAGAACGAACGAAGGAGAUACAAGAUUGUUACAGUACAAGUCCUAACCAUCCCCAACCGAGAAUUGGCGCUAUAAACCAAAACGGUCAAAUUAUCUGGAUAGUUACCGAAAAUAACUACCAAGGAAAUACGGAGCAAUACGAAAUUGACCUCGACUCUCCUAGUAAUAAUAAUAAAAGUUCAUCAAAUGUGCCCCUGUCUGGCACGGAAUUAUUUCAGCAGCGCUCAGAAGCGCAGCAGAAGCAGGCAGGCAAAAUUAUAAUACGUCCGAACGAUCAUUUCCCCCCCAAUCCCUUACCAAUCGAUCCCCAAUUUGGCACUUUGAUGCACGGAAAUCCGAAAUUCAUCUAUCCGACAUAUCUGAAAAAUGGCCGUAUGAAAGAAAAACGCUAUAAAUGUCACAAAUGUCCGAGCGCGUUUGAAAAACGAGAGCAGUACAAGGUGCAUUUGAGUCUUCACGGUGCCAAACAACGGUAUAAAUGUGACCAUUGCGACUAUUCCGUUAAAUACUAUGCAAAUUAUGUGCAGCACCUCAAGAAGCACCAAAUGAACGCGGACGCACAAGCCGCGAAAAAGGCGGAAGACUUAUCAGAGGACAACGACGAGAACGAGGAGGAGGAACUUAUGGAAGUUAGCAACGUGAGGUCGAGCAAAAGCAUUAAUGCGAAAAGCCGUACUGUCGCCGAUCGUCAAGCCAUUAUGAUUACUAACCAAAGAAGAGACAGUGCCAGUAGUAGCACUAAGGAAGUUUCCGCGGAAGAGAAGAAACUGUUCUGGUGUCCCAGUUGUCCCUACACUAAUUAUCGAAAAGACGCAGUCGAUAAUCAUCACAAGCGACACAUAAGUGUCUCCGGACUGAAGAAUAAUUAUACGUGCGAGUAUUGCGAUUACUCAGUUCCACAAGUUCACUUUCUACGAGACCACGUAAAGUUACACUUUACGUCUAGUAAGGUAAAUGUCGCAGAUGGUUACAUGAUAUGUGAUAACAUGAAACUAUCGACAACUAAAAUUGUUAAUGGAGAAGACGACGAGGGGGAAAAAAGCGAGGAAACCGACGAUAACGAAGAGUGCAUCUUUGAAGAUACGGGCGGACCAAUGGACGAUAGUGGUAGAUUUUUGCCUAAUAUAGAAGACAAGCUUAUUCAGCGAUUGAACAACAACGAUGGUGAGAAAAUUUUCAUUAACAAAGAAACUGGUGAAGUAUUAGAAAAGAUUGAUGUCGAUAAAGAGGGUACGUCAGAUUUUUCUCUGAUCAAAUUUACCGAUAAUAAUUUCUCGGCCAGUCAAAGUUGUAGUGAUAUAUAACUUAUUAUUUAAUUUAAUUUUUUGCGAUCGGAUAUUUCAUUGGGGAAUGUGUCGUAUUCGAAAGCAUAUGUUUAAAUGUAUUGUACAAAUUAAUUAAAUAUCUAAUGCCUUCUAAAGUAUUUUUGCAAAGUAUUUUUGCACUUUUAGAUGAGUAGUUAGUGAUGAGUACAGAAUAAUUCCUUAUGUAUUAUAUAGUACAUUAUUUGUUAUUUCUAAUAGUGUUUUCUUUUUUUUUUAUUGUAUAUUUGUAUGGGUUAUAAACAAUGCCAAAGCAUCUAAUGCCAAAUGCCAUGUUUCAAAUUGUAUUUUUAUUUGAAAAUUAAAUGCAAUCUGUUUUAU